CCAGCAGCAACAUCCAAUCAAAUGGAACCUCUGAAGUCACGUGAUAUAUUUUUGUGACAGACUUGGAUAUUCAUCGUCGAUUACCCAAUCAAGAGUGUUAAGGAAUUCUUUAAAUUUGCUUAACACUGAUGUCUUGGACUCAGUCUCGCUUCGCCACCCGACAGUGACCCCGAUUUGUUUUUAGCAGAGCACUGCGUUUCGUCAUUGUUACGAACUACCUAUCGGGUAGUGUGCAAUCCUAAUCCCAAAAGAUUAUUGUUGUUGCUUUCAGUACAAUGCUGAAGUAAAAAAAAAAAGUCAAAACAGAUGCUAUUCAUUUGAAUCAUAGUUCGGGAAAAUGGAUGAAUCCACCUAUUCUAUACCCGACGACAGGUUUAGUUAUCAAUCAACUGAUGAUUACAAUUACCGACAAUCACUCAACAUGUCAUUUUCCUUUGGAGACUAUAACUUGGAAUCCGCAAAAUACCAAUACGACGCACUUCCCGUCAACAAUUCAAGCGGAAAUGCAAGAUGUUCACUCAUGAAUUCAACUGCAGCUAAAAUCCUUCAUUUGAUUAUUUUCGGAAUUGCUCUACCAACGCUGUUCAUCGUGAUUCCAGUUUACGCCAAAUACGUUCUCUAUGCCGACACAGUCGUCACGUUCGGCGCAUCUGACAUGAGACUGAUGGAUGGACACGUAUCUACUAGCUGGUGCAAGAGCCAACACAUUCAAAUGAAUACAUCGUUCGACGCAUAUUUAAUGGCCGAUCGACCGGCUGUUACCCCAAAAGCACAAACUCUAACUAUGACACGCGAAUUUGAACUGGACGAUGACUUGAAAGAAUUCUGGGGUUUCUACCUACUGAAAGGCUCCGAAGUGACUGUCUCAAGUUGUGUUCGGUAUCUCGGGGCAAAUGUCAUGUUGAUUAAAGGUAUCCAUAGUUUGAAAUUCUGCGCUUACGUCGGACGAGAGUCUAAAGAAGAUGAAUCCAACGAAAUUCUGGGUCUCGAGUCACACAAGCUCGCCGAGCAAUAUCAAAUGGAGACGGAUGAUUUCAAAGCUCCAGCUCCAGCUUUGUUUAAACAACCAGCCAAAAAGGAUAAAGCUCGAAUCUUACAACUGCUCAAAUCGCACAACGAAAAACGGCGCCUUAUCAAAUUACUUGAGAGGAAAAACAUCAAUUCGGAUCGCAAUGAUACUCAAUUGCCAACUGAAGUUGUCAUCAGAGUAGAGAAAGCUCUUCAAAAAAUUUUGCAACAAGAAAUUGAGUCUCUAUAUCAAGAAGUCAAAAAUAUCAUAGCAACAAAUCACACAAAGCCAACGAACAAUACCCACUCCAAUGUGUCGAAACAAAAAGCGACUAAAAAUCGAUGGCCAUUGAAACAGUUAAAUAACAAAGGUGCUAAACUAUCAGCCGUCAUCAACGAGGAAGUCGAUUCGGAAGAAGAUGGCGCUUACGAGUUGGACGAAGAUGCUACCCUUAGUUUGAACGUAACAGCUGAUGGGAUUGCUGAUGAUCGAGGCACCAUUAAUCACAACCAUUUGAACGAUACUUCUGAAUCAAAUGAGUCAUCAUUCUCCAGCAGCGAGGAGGCAAUGCUCCAUUGCAAAGGAGUCAUACUCAGUCAGCCUCUUGUGCCGGAAAACCAAUGUAGCAACGACGUUGCUCCACGUUACAACAACAUCAAGUAUACUGUCGAGGAGGAGGGCUACUACUAUUUCAUAUUCUCAAGUGCCAACGAAAAGGUACGGAAUAAGUUGUCGGUGAAAUUUGACCUGCUCAAAACCGUAUUCAACUUAACGGAGGCUACUGACGUCUGCCACAAUUCCACCAGCUGCAACUUUCCGCUCAGUUUUUACUCAUCAGAGAAAGUGGUCGUCUCGAUUCCUGUUCCAAAUAGCAGUGUAUCACAAGAUUGGGACCGUACCUUUGUGGCUCGUGGUGUGUGUGAACCACGGAUGCCUCUCUAUUUGACGUUUGUUCUUCUUGUCCCUCUCUUCCUCGUAUUUUGUGCAUUCCGAUGAGUUCAUCUUUUGCUUUCGUCUUGAUCCCCAUCUCGCCUACACUAGAGGGAUAGUGGUUCCACUGAUGUCAUUAAAGUAAUGUCGCCUUAUUUUUCUAGAAUGUCAUAUCAUAAUGUUGAAGCUUUGUGAUCAAUAAAACACGGAAUCGAUUCAGAA